GCUAGCCGUGAGCGUCGCAUAAAGAAAACCAAAAGCGAGUUGUUGGGGGAGAAGCGGCGAGCGAGGCGCAGUUUGCAACUUUUAGCUCGUGUUCAUUUGCUUAUCGUGAAAGCCACCUUGAAGAAUCCGGUUUGUUUCAGCUCCAGCUCAAUACUUCCCGCGUGAUUCGUCGACAGCAGCUCACGCACAGCGAGCCGCCGACGCGUCGUUUAAUCUUUUGUUUGGACCCGUUAGCCGGCGUGCUAACUUCCGUGCGUGUUAACGCUAGCUGGUUUUUGUGCUAACAUGUCUGGCGAAGGAUUAGUUCGCGGGCCGGCGGGGAGCAACGACUGUCGGAUAUAUGUGGGCAAUCUCCCGCCUGACAUCCGCUCAAAGGACGUGGAGGACUUGUUUUAUAAAUACGGCGCCAUUCGUGAUAUCGACCUGAAGAACCGAAGAGGGGGACCGCCGUUCGCCUUUGUGCAGUUCGAGGACCCGAGGGAUUCUGAAGAUGCUGUUUAUGGGCGUGAUGGUUAUGACUACGACGGCUACCGCCUGCGUGUUGAGUUUCCAAGAAGUGGAAGGGGAGGCGGUGGCGGAGGUGGCGGCGGCGGUGGAGGAGGUGGUGGAAUGGGACCCCCAAGGAUGAGGCAUGGUCCCCCCUCCAGACGCUCAGAGUACAGGGUUACCGUGUCAGGCCUACCUCCCAGUGGAAGCUGGCAGGACCUGAAGGAUCACAUGCGAGAGGCAGGUGAUGUAUGUUAUGCUGAUGUGUUCCGUGAUGGCACUGGAGUGGUGGAGUUUGUACGCAAAGAAGACAUGAACUACGCCAUCCGUAAUUUGGAUAACACCAAGUUUCGCUCUCACGAGGGAGAGACAGCCUACAUUUACGUGAAGAUGGACGGCCCUCGCAGCCCCAGCUACGGUCGGUCCCGCUCUCGUAGCCGCAGCCGCAGCCGCAGCAAGAGCCGGUCACGCAGCUACUCCCCCGCUCGUCGCAGCAAAGGCUCUCCUCGCUAUUCCCCCCGGCGUUCCCGCUCCCGCACCUAGACUAAAGCAAAUGGUGUGCCUCAGAGGAAAUCUUCACAUCACUUAUCAAAUUCUGUGUACUCAUCACGCAUCAUCUCAUGUGCUCCCCGUUCACACUGUCUUUGUGUUACUUGCCCCCCCCCCCACCCUUUUAGUUUUCAUUUUACAGAUCAGAUGAGUCUGGCUCUGUUUCACUUCUCACACUUUCACGCCAUUCGUCUUCUUUCUCUUCUCAUUGACUUUGUUUUCCUGCUAACCAUCUCUGCCCCCUUCUCUACACUUUCCUUCUACUGAGUGUUCACACUAUGCUUUAUGUUUUGUUUUCGUUUGGAAAGAUUUCACUUUUUAAGCAUAUACUACUGUCCUUUGACCUUCUUGUGUGUCUCUCUGUAGAGAUCAGAGGAACAGGAUAGGAUGGGAAGAGAGGAAACAGUUCAUGUUAAGAUAAACAGGAGGAGGAGGAGUCAAAUAUGGCACCAAUGGUAUGAUGGCUGUGCCUUGUCAACUGUGAAAUCUGCAAUUUAAGGCCGCUUGCAUACACUUGAUGAUAGAGCGCUGUGUUUGAAUAAUUUCAGCAGGGCUGUGCCAGACUAAGAAUUUUGUCAGUCGAAUUUGGCUGCUCAGAUAAUAUUUGUUUUUUUUUUUAGUUCAGUGCCACACUAAAUUUCUAGCCUAGAUGAGUCCCGUUUAAAUGCCUUCAUCCGUGUUGUGGGAAUAUCAGAUUUCCACACAGUCAAACAAAGUAAAAGUGUGCGUCAUAGUUCAGUUACAAAAUCCCCAAUGCACCGUGAGCACCUGUUCUGCCGGGUGGCUGGCUGACAGCGCUGUCGGCCAACAAGUCUAUCUGCUGACUUCACUGACAGCCAUCCCCAGAGCAGAGAACAUGAGAACAGUUACUAUGAACCUUUGUGUGGCCUCUUUGAGACUUGGUUUGUGAAGUUUGCCAUGCUCUUGCCACUGCUCUGAACGGUGCCACAGCUAAAACACAAAGGUGCAGGGAUUCGACUGACAAAAUGCGAGUCGACUCAGCGUCUUCUUGAAUGAUGACUCGAAUCAUUGAUUUUUCUGGAGCAGCUCUAGUGCUCAGUUGUACCACUUGUAUUUGGAGACCCAAAGCUUGUUUUUUUUCUUAUCUUUUAGUAUCCAAAGAAAAUCUUUUUGGGGAUUGAUCAUAGAUGGUGUCCUUGAUUUUCUCAAAUUAAACUCCCUAGUAGAUUCGUUUGACAUUUUUUAGUAUCCAAAGUAAUUGCUAGUUUUAUUCUUUUUUUUUUUUUUUCUUUUUUUUUUUUUUUCUUUAAGUUUCUGAAGGUGUGAUUCUAACUUGCCUCCUUCUCUUUGGUUCUGCUGGUAUUCUGAAGGUUUGGACUGGGCUCAGUGUCUCACCAUACCGGAGCCGGAUCAGGAUUAGGAUUAGGCUUCAGGAUGGCUACAUGGAGCAGGAGUAUGGGAACAUUUUUACCGAGAGGAUCCCGAGGAUCCCUGUCCAGAUAACCCCAUCAAACCGGAUGCGUUGUAGUGAAAGAUUUAAACUAAAUUGGCGUUCAUAUAAUCCAAAUUAUUUUUCCCAUUUUGUGUGAGGCCUCAGAGACACCCCAGCUGGCCAAGUGAUUACUGCUUUUUUUCAGGUUUUUUUUGUUUAGUUCUAAAAAGAAGAGCGAAGCUGGGCUCAAACCCAGGAGGGAGGUGCAGGAUGGAUCCACACACGUAAGGAAAUUGGUAAAUAGUGGGCAACCAUUAUCGGUGGAGGAGGGAGGGAAGAGGGAGGACUGGGACGCGACCAGGGAAUGUGACCUUAAUGUGGUUUGUAUCUUUUCUGUAGGUCAGUCUUUUCCUGAGCUCAAUUUCUGUUUUGUUAUGAUAUCCACAAACGUAAAGCUUUAUUCUCUUUUUAAUAAAACCUUUCAAUAACAUA